GAGAUUCACGCCCAAGCAUAAGUAAUGCUUUACAAAAAAUAUCGGAUGAAGAGUUUUUAAAAAUGUGUUAUGGUUGUCCUCCAUUUUCUUUGAAAGAACGAUGGAAACAUAUACCACCAAUAUUGGAACACGCAGCUAUUUAUGUUGGAG